AUGUACACACAACCACCUCCAAACUACGGCUCUCCACCAGGACCGCCGCCGAAUGGGCCACAGCAAGUGUACGGCGAAAAGAGAGAUUUCGACCAGAAGUUUGCGAUAGAGAAGCCCAAGUGGAAUGACUGGUGGGCGGGCCUGCUUCUCAUUGCAGUCUUCCUUGGUUUCGUUGCGGUGUCCGGAAUAACGAUUCAGGGAUAUUCUUCGACGUACGGGUUCAAUGGCGGCGGCAUCUACGGUAGUCAAAACACCUUCGGACUCUCCACCAACACCAUUAUAUUAUUCGCAUUCGUCCUCACAGUGGCUGUCGUCCUGAGUUAUGCAUACAUGUGGGCGGCGCGGGUUUUUACCAAGCAGUUCAUUUGGAUAACGGGGAUCCUCAACAUCGUUUUCGGUUUCGUAACGGCGAUAUACAUGCUUUCGCGGCGGUAUUGGUCGGGAGGCAUCGUGUUCCUCAUCUUCUCGAUCUUCUACGUCUUCUGCUUCAUUUCCUGGAUACCGAGGAUUCCCUUCUCCGUCCUCAUGCUCCGGACUGCGAUUGACGUCUCGAAGAAAUUUGGACAUGUGUAUCUGGUGUCACUCAUCGGCGGGCUGCUUGCCGCUGCGUUGGGCGCGUACUAUUCGGUCACGCUCGUGGCCAUCUACGUCAAGUAUCACCCAGGCAACAACCCAGCAUGCAAUACGGGUGCUGGAGGUUGUAGCAAUGCAAAGGUCAUUGGACUCGUCGUCUUUGUUACCUUUGCCAUGUACUGGGUGUCGGAAUGGCUGAAGAACACGAUCCACGUCACCAUCUCGGGGGUAUACGGAUCAUGGUACUUCAGUCCCAACAACUUCCCCAAGCGAGCGACGCGAGGAGCUCUCAAGCGGGCCUUGACGUACAGCUUCGGGAGCAUCAGUUUGGGAAGCCUGCUCGUUGCCAUUAUACAGUUUCUGCGCCAGAUAUGCUCGGCGGCGCAACAGUCGGCGGCGCAGGAGGGGAACAUUGUGGGGACUAUUCUGUUCUGCUGUCUUCAGUUCUUGAUCGCGAUACUGGAUUGGGCGGUUCAGUUCCUGAAUCGAUAUGCCUUUUCGUACAUCUCGCUCUACGGGAAGGCAUACAUUCCGGCUGCAAAGGCGACCUGGAAGAUGGUCAAGGACCGCGGCAUCGAUGCGCUCAUCAACGAAUGCCUCAUCGGUCCCGUACUCUCCAUGGGCGCCUUCUCCAUUGCAUAUGCGUCGGCGUUGCUCGCGUACCUGUACCUGAUAUUCACAUCACCGGCCUAUAACCAAGACGGGUCGUAUACACCGGUGGUGGUGGCGUUCGCAUUCGUCAUUGGGCUGCAGGUGUGUCAAAUCUUCACGACACCACUGUCGAGCGGGGUGGACACGAUCUUUGUGGCGAUGGCGUGGGACCCAGAGGUGCUCAUCGCCCAGCACGGGGACCUGUACGACACGAUGGUGCAGGUGUAUCCGCAUGUUCAGCAGGCGAUACACGCGUAG